AUGGACGACGCUGCCUCUGCCGACGUGCCAACGCCACGCUUGCCGCGUCGCCGUCCACUUGACGGAACAGCGGAGCGACGCGGCGCAGGCGAUGCCAGCAAAUGUGGCGCUACUAGUACUGCUGUUCCCUUGGGCAGCCGCCUUGUUCCAAGCCCCCAGACUGAUAACUCGCAGACCCUGGACGCCGUCGGAUUGCUUCCCGGUUCUGAUAACGAGCAGCGAUGCGCUGCGGUGGAUGACACUAAGGAAGGCGGCGAGUCCUUGGGAGCAGCCGUUGCGGCGGCGGCCUUGGGUGCUCGACCCGGGUUUGUGUGGCAGUGCGGCUCGUCAGCAUGCCUCAAUCCCUCCUCGUCUAACGCCACCACUGAUGGCAGCCGUGACGGCUCCGCCGGCGGCGGAAGCAGCGGCGAGGAGAAUCCCGAGAGGUCGCACGCACUCGCUGGAAGAGCCGGAAACUCGCUGUUUGACGACUGGACGGAUUUGCGCGGCAGGCGGCCCCGGGUGGCAGGAGGAGGUAGUGGCACUGCGCCUGGCAAGGAAGCAUUGGUGAAGGCGACGGAGGGUCGUCGACCCAUCUUCCACCAGAAGGCCCCGUCGGGCCGCAUCCUGCAGGAGGUAAGACAGCUCAAGGGAGUCGCUCCUCUAUCGAGUCUGAAUCCCCAUCCUUCUUCUCCCCUUUCCCUCCGUCGCCAGCUGUUCGACCUGGAGAGCGGGCCCUUGGAUCUGGAAUUCCUGGUGAGUCUGCGCACGCUCAGCCGCUCCUCUUCAUCUUCCACUCGCUCCUCGUCCGCGCGCUCCUCGACUUACGCCCGCGACACGCCGACCGCCACGCCCUCCCAGCCCCUCGCCUCUCUCGUUACUGCUUCCCCUGCUCCUGCUCCUGCUGCUGCUUCAGAUGGCCCAGCCCUGCCAGGUGCUGCGUCCGCCUCUGCCUCACCCGGUUCAGAAGCUACUACUGAGUCUGCUGGCGCUGCUUCUGCAGAAUCUCACGUCCCUCAAAGCUCUGCUCUUGUUCCUGCGACUCCAGGUGCUCCUGCUCGCGAUGAAGGGAUCGACAAUGACAGCGAUGCUGCUGACGAUUGCAGUGUUGACGAAGAGGACGAGGCAGCAGCAGCGGCGGCGUCAGCAUGGGCGGCGGUGGAGCUGGUGGAUGUGUCCUCCAACACAGCUGACGCGCGCAGUCGCACAAAUUCGCUCGGCAUGGCGGGCGACGGUUUCUCUCACGACGACCUCGCACUCGCGAUCGCCCUCUCCCUCGCCGAAUCCGAUCCCGGGAUUCGCCUUGCGCUCGAGAACCCUAGCAGACCAACGUCCUCAGCGGAAAGAGGACGCGCGGGGGGUAUCGCGCAAGAGCCCAGGAAAGAUUGGAGCAUUUCGGGAUUUGCCUCCAGCGGCAGCAGCAGAGGCGGGGCGGAAGGGUCGACUGCGGCGGAGCUGCGCGAGCGGGGCGGAGAGGCGGAGCGGUGGUGGGAGCGGAACCCGCGGGAGGCGCGAGACGUGAUAACCAUCGAUGACGAGGCGGAGGGGGAGGCGGAGGAGGCGGAGAGCUGGUCGCGUAAGGUGGAGGGGGUUGUGCCACUGCCUGCAGUCCCCCCACCUCCUGACCCCGACCUGCUGGACCCGUGUCCGGACAUAACAGCGCUCUUCCGCCAUUACAACGACCUCUACUUUCAAGGCCGCCUGGGGGCGUGCCUUGUCGAGUGGAGCUCCAAACGAAUGACGCUGUGUGCGGGCGUGUGCAUGUACGAUGGGGCGCUGUGCCGCAUCCGGCUGUCGGCCCCGCUGCUGCAGUACCGCCCCGUGUCGGACCUUAAAGCCACGCUGCUGCACGAGAUGAUCCACGCCUUCAUCUUCCUCUGCCGCCCCUCGCACUCCCGAGAGGACCACGGGCCCAUGUUCCAGGGCAUCAUGGGGACCAUCAACACCAGCACUCUGCACGACCAUCAGAUAUCCGUCUACCACUCGUUCAAGGAUGAAGUCAACGUGCACAGGCGCCACGCCUGGCAGGUGCCCUGGGUGGGGAGGAGGGGGUGCCGUGGUGUGUGGGGGGGUUGUAGGGGGAGUGGAGGGGGGUGUGGGGGUGUGGUGAGGUGA